AUGAGUCAUGAACUUCAACAAGCAACUGAAGGAUUCAGUGAGAGCAAUUUGCUUGGUAACGGGAGUUUCAGCAUGGUGUACAAAGGGAUACUUAAAGAUGGGAGUCUUUUGGCAGCAAAGGUAAUCAAUGUGCAAUUGGAGCUAGAUAUUAUGAUAGAUGUGGCAUCGGCAUUAGAUUAUCUCCACAAUGGGUAUCCAACACCUGUGGUGCAUUGUGACUUGAAGCCAAGCAAUGUCUUGCUAGAUCAAGAAAUGAUUGGUCAUGUGAGUGAUUUUGGCAUUGCAAAGUUGCUAGGUGCGGGGGAGACUUUUGUCCAAACAAGGACUAUUGCAACCAUUGGAUACAUUGCUCCAGAGUAUGGACAGGAUGGAAUAGUAUCCAAAAAUUGUGAUGUCUAUAGUUUCGGCAUCAUGAUGAUGGAAACAUUGACUAGGAUGAGGCCAAGGGAUGAUAUGUUUACAGGAGAUUUGAGCCUAAGGUGUUGGAUUAAUGAUUCUUUUCCUAGUGGAGUUGGUCAAGUUGUGGAUGCCAAUUUGUUGAGGCCAGAGGAAGGACAUAAUGAAGCAAAGACUCAAUGUUUGUUGUCUAUAAUGGAAUUAGCUUUGAGUUGCACUUUAGUGUCACCUGAUGCAAGAGUUAACAUGGAAGAUGCUCUUUCGGCCCUCAGGAAGAUAAGAUUUCAGUUUGUCACUAGUUGUUUUACUUAA